AUGUGGUCGAGUUACCAGAGUGCGAUCUGCCGUCCUCUUCUGCUGCUGCUGUUGGCACUGGAAAGGGUACUCGUCGUGUAUGCCAUAGUGAAUCCCUCAAAUGACACAGCCAACACGGUGAUUUAUAUGCUGCCCGCCAAGGAUCUGGGCCCAGAGACGUGGCGUGCAGGGGUGGACUGCCUGGACAGCUUUUCCCAGAUCUUUUUCUACCGGCAUCCCAGGGAACGUUACACCCGCUCCUAUAACCUAAUGCUGACCAAUGCCUUCAACCUGUCGACGCCCGCGGAUCAGAUCCAGGAGGGAUUCCACAAGCUCAUCAACGAGGCGGUCACCCAGGCGGGGGAGCCGCAUCGCUCGGAGCUUUUUCAGCUGCGCGUCGUCUCCGACCACAUGAGCCACCAGGAGAAGAGCAAGAACUUCGGCGAGCUGCUCCUGGCCGACAACUAUGUGAUCAUUGUGGACACCGUCGAGCGCCUUCUCAGCCUCAUGAGCCGCUAUGUGAGCCGGAUGCGCUCGUGGAAUCCAGGCGCGCGCUUCCUGGUGCUCUUCCACAAUCCCCAGGUGCACAACCGACCCUGGCGCGUGGCCUCCCAGAUCUUCAACGAACUAAUGCAGAGCUUCUACGUGCACCGGGUUGCUCUAGUAUACGCGAACUCCUCGAUGGACUACAACCUUCUGGUGAACGACUACUACAGCAACGUCGACUGCCGCAUCCUCAGUGUCCAGAGCGUGGGCCAGUGCCACGAUGGCCAGCUCUUUCCCAACCCCAAUGCCGUGCACGCGGCCAUGACGGACUACAUGACUGGCUUCAGUCCGAAGAACUGCACCUUCUUUGUGUGCGCUUCCGUCUCGGCUCCUUUCGUCGAGGCCGACUGUAUCCUGGGGAUCGAGAUGCGGAUAUUGGGAUUUAUGCGCAGCCGAUUGCAGUUCAUGAUAAACCAGACGUGCAGUCUGGAAUCUCGGGGGGAAAUGGACAGUUCUGGGAACUGGAACGGGCUGCUGGGCAAACUGACAGAUGGCGAAUGCGAUUUCGUGAUGGGAGGCUACUAUCCAGACAACGAGGUGGCAGAGUUCUUCUGGGGAUCGGACUGCUACCUGCAGGAUGCCCACACCUGGUACAUCAAGGUGGCCGAUCGCCGGCCCGCCUGGCAGGCUAUGGUCGGCAUUUUCGAGCCGAGCACCUGGAUAGGCUUCAUUGUGGUGCUCCUGAUCAGUUGGCUCUUCUGGUUCGCCCUGGUUAGCCUGCUUCCGGAGCCGGACUACUUCCAGCAGAUCAGCCUGACGGCCAUCAACUCGCUGGCGGUGUCCAUAUCGGUGGCAGUCCAGGAGCGGCCCGUGUGCCAGACCACACGUCUCUUCUUCAUGGCUCUCACCCUGUACGGCCUGAAUGUGGUGGCCACAUACUCGUCCAAGAUGAUAGCGACCUUCCAGGAUCCCGGCUAUCUGCAUCAGCUGGAUGAGCUCACGGAGGUGAUGGCCGCAGGCAUACCUUUUGGUGGGCACGAAGAGAGCCGCGACUGGUUCGAGAAUGACGACGACAUGUGGGUCUUCAACUCGUACAACGUUUCGCCGGAGUUCACGCCGAAGACGGAGAACCUGCUGGCCGUGAAGUGGGGAAAGCGCUGCAUCCUCAGCAAUCGCAUGUACACGCUCCAGAGCGCCCUUGCUGACGACAUAUUCGCCUUUCCGGAGAACGUCUUCACCAGCCCCAUCCAGAUGAUCAUGAAGGCGGGCUUCCCCUUCCUCUACGAGAUGAACAGCAUCAUCCGGUCGAUGAGGGACGUGGGCAUAUUCCAGAAGAUAGACGCAGACUUCCGCUACAACAACACCUAUCUGAAUCGCAUUGCCAAGAUGCGUCCCCAGUUCGCCGAGAACGCCAUUGUCCUCACCACGGAGCACCUGAAGGGGCCCUUCGGCAUCCUCGGUGUGGGAGUUCUCUGCGCCUCCGUCGCAUUUCUGGCCGAGCUAAUGAUUCGCCAUUGGCCCUUCAGGCUGCAGGUCAAGCAGCAAAGUGAAAUCUCUGCUACUCCGCGUACUCGUCGCACUCGCAGGAAAAGGACCUCUCGACAUUUGCGGAGGAGCCAGUGGGAACGGCAAGUUCAAGUGGCUCCAGUCAUACGAUUUACGCCAGUCAAACGACGCAAAGUUCUCUAGAGACA